ACCAAAAUGGCCGCUGUUGUAUUUUAACGUGUAAUAGCUAGCUACUUUUUCUUUUUGUUUCACUCUUGAGAGAAAACAAGCCAACGAGAGACUUUUUGGACUCGCCGUAUGUCACCACCCGGCAUGCAGUAGUGUUGUCGUUUUUACCUUCCUGACAAUCAACACUGACACAUUUUAGUUGAAUGAUUUAGACUAUGCAUAUUUAGUUGGAAUAGAGGCUAGCUAGCAGGCUCUGGCUGGCACAUAGUGGAAUAGUUGAAACUGAGAUAGCUUGUUAACUUCAGCUGCGAUGGAGGAGUUGAGCGCAGAUGAGAUUCGCAGAAGACGAUUGGCACGGCUGGCAGGGGGACAGUCUUCACAGCCUAACACCCCUCUCAGCACCCCCCUGACAUCCCCACAGAGAGAAACUCCACCGGGACCCCUCCCUGGACCCUCAGGUGCACUGUCUCAGCCCCUCCCACCAGCUGCCUCUCAAUCAUUAGGGCUCAAUACACACAGCGGUACCCCGGCCACAUCGCCAAUUGGCACCACGGGUGUGGCUUUUGGCGGUCAAAGUAGUGAGGGUGUGAGCUCCCUGUCCAGCUCCCCCUCCAACAGCCUUGAGACUCAGUCCCAGAGUUUGUCCCGAUCACAGAGUAUGGACAUCGACACCGCCUCUUGCGAAAAGAGUAUGUCCCAAGUGGAUGUGGACUCAGGGAUAGAGAACAUGGAGGUGGACGACAGCGACCGCCGGGAGAAGAGAAACCUGACCGAUAAAGAAACAUCUGCAAACUCGGAUGUUUCCGAAGACCAGGCUCUGCAGCUUGUUUGUAAGAUCCUCCGUGUAUCAUGGAAGGAGCAGCAUAGAGAUGUCAUUUUCCUGCCUUCACUGGCAGCCGAAUUUCAGCACAACCCUAAAGUUGUAUACUCUGAUUUCAAAGACCUGAUCAGCCAGAUCCUGAUGGAGGUCCUCAUGAUGUCCACCCAGUCACCUGUCCACAACCCCUUUGCCAGCUUGACCGCCACUUCUCAGCCAAUUGCAGCAGUCAAAUCUCCUGACCGCCACCUGACACUGGUGCAGCCCUCCAGCCAAGGCAGCAGCCCCAUGGGCCCUGGAGCAGGGUCCUUUGGAGCCAGUUCUCUGUCAAGCCUGUAUGGGUGUGUUAGCCCUUAUCCAAUGUCUCUGGAUGCAACCGAGAGGAGCGCUUCAAAUAUCCCCUCCCCCACCACUGCCUCUGCACGUUCUACACCCUCAACACCUUCUACGCCACAAUUUACUGUUCCACUCAGCCCACCCACCACUACUCCUGUUGCUCUCCCUAGACAGUCCCUCAACCCUCCAUCUGCGCCCAUGCCCAUCUCCCAGCGCUAUCGGCCUUACUCUGUUGCAUCUCCCUGGGGGGCUCCUUCCCCAUCCAGCCCAGGUCAAAGAUCAUUUAGCUUUUUUGCGCCCUCUCUGAGCCCAAGUGGUCCCACUGUGCCUCCUAAUACACCAGUCCCUUUGCCAACACCUACCACCCAUUCCCUCUCCUUGAGUUCAGCCAUGGCUCAGAGCCAGACCUGGUCCACACCGCCCUCCAUGGUACCCCCUUCUCCCAGAACAACAGCCCGACAGGCCACCUUUGCUGCCAGGAUCCCACCUUCUAGCCCCUUAUCCCUCCUGUUGUUUGCCCUCUCUGACAUAUCUCAGGACAGCGACGAUGAAGCGUCUGAGGAGGAGGAAGAUUUUGCACAAGUUCAGUUUGGGUCCAGCAUUGGGGCAUGUGGAGGGGUGGCGUCUUGUGAUUCGGCCGGCGACUGCUUCACCAUUGAAGCGUGCAAAGAGACGGAGAUGCUGAACUACCUCAUUGAGCGCUUUGAGAGUGUUGGCAUGGAGGAGAGGAAAGCUCCCAAGAUGUGUAACCAACCUAAUGUCAGCCAGCUUCUUAGCAACAUUCGCUCUCAGUGUAUCUCUCACGUUGCCCUGGUCCUUCAAGGUUCCCUGACCCAACCUCGGAGCCCUCUGCAGCAUUCUCUGCUGGUACCUUAUAUGCUGUGCCGGAACCUUCCAUAUGGCUUCAUCCAGGAACUGGUGCGCAUUACCCACCAGGAGGAAGAAGUAUUCAGACAGAUCUUCAUUCCUAUCCUUCAUGGGCUGGCUCUAGCAGUAAAAGAAUGUUCCUUCGACAGCGACAACUUUAAAUACCCCCUCAUGGCAUUAGCCGAGCUGUGUGAAAUCAAGUUUGGAAAGACUCACCCUAUGUGCAGUUUGGUAACAUCACUUCCUCUUUGGUGUCCCAAACCUCUGAGCCCAGGAUGUGGCAGGGAGAUCCAGAGACUGUCCUACCUUGGUGCCUUCUUCAGCCUCUCUGUAUUUGCUGAGGAUGAUACCAAAGUAGGAGACAAAUAUUUCUCUGGUCCAGCUAUCACCAUGGAGAACACAAGAGUUGUCAGCCAGUCUUUGCAGCACUACCUGGAGUCAGCAAGAGGUGAUCUCUUUAAAGUUCUUCACAACAUCCUACUCAAUGGAGAGACGCGUGAUUUAGCCCUUAGUUUCAUGGCAGCUUUAGUCAACUACAAUGUGAAGAAAGCUCAAAUGCAGACUGAUGACAAGCUGGUGUCAACAGACGGCUUCAUGCUCAACUUCCUGUGGGUGCUGCAGCAGCUGAGCAUGAAGAUCAAGUUGGAGACUGUGGACCCCUUCUACAUUUUUCACCCCCGUUGCCGCCUUGUCGUCAGCACAGAGGAGACUCGUCUGAAGGCCACCAUGGAAGAGCUUAAGAGCUGGCUGUCUGAGCUCCAUGAAGAUGCCACCAAAUUCUCUGAGCCCAAGUUUCCCACUGAAUGUUUCUUCUUGACCCUGCACACCCACCAUUUGUCCAUUUUGCCUGGCUGUAGGCGCUACAUCCGCAGGUUGCGGGCCAUUCGUGAACUGAACAGGACUGUAGAGGAGUUGAAAAACAGUGAAAACCAAUGGAAAGAUUCACCACUGGCCAGUCGACACAGAGAGAUGCUUAAGCGAUGCAAAACCCAACUCAAGAAACUGGUUCGGGCCAAAGCGUGCGCUGAUGUAGGCCUUCUGGAUGAGAACCUGCUGCGCAGAUCUCUCCAGUUCUAUAGCACUGUCAUUCAGCUCAUUCUUCGUACGGUGGACCCUGCUUAUCCCAGCAUCACGUUGCCAUUGAACUCCGAGAUUCCCAAAAGCUUUGCUGCUCUCCCAGAAUUCUACAUUGAAGAUGUGGCUGAGUUUUUGCUUUUUGUUGUUCAGUAUGCUCCCCAGGUUUUAUAUGAGCCUUGUGUUCAAGACAUCGUCACCUUUUUGGUAGUGUUCAUCUGCAGUCAGAACUACAUCAGGAAUCCAUACCUUAUUGCCAAGCUGGUCGAAGUUUUGUUUGUCACCAACCCUGCCGUGCAACCUCGCACUCAGCGCUUCUCUGAGAUGAUGGAGAACCACCCCUUGUCCAUCAAACAGUUGGUGCCUGCCCUUAUGAAGUUCUACACUGAUGUUGAGCAUACGGGUGCCACCAGCGAAUUCUACGAUAAGUUCACAAUAAGGUAUCAUAUCAGCACCAUCUUUAAGAGUCUGUGGCAAAACAUCGCCCACCACGGCACAUUCAUGGAGGAGUUCAACUCCGGCAAACAGUUUGUCCGCUACAUCAACAUGUUGAUCAAUGACACAACCUUCCUCUUGGAUGAGAGCCUCGAGUCUCUGAAGCGCAUCCAUGAGAUUCAAGAGGAGAUGAAGAAUAAGGAGCAGUGGGAUCAGCUCCCCAGGGAACAGCAGCAGAGCCGGCAGUCCCAGCUCACUCAGGAUGAGCGCGUGUCUCGCUCCUAUCUGGCCCUGGCCACAGAGACGGUUGAAAUGUUUCACAUCCUCACCAAGCAGGUCCAAAAACCUUUCCUCAGGCCGGAGCUGGGCCCACGUUUAGCCGCCAUGUUGAACUUUAACCUCCAGCAGCUCUGUGGGCCCAAGUGUCGGGACCUGAAGGUGGAGAAUCCUGAGAAGUAUGGUUUUGAACCCAAGAAGCUCUUAGACCAGCUGACCGACAUCUACUUGCAGCUGGACUGUGCCCGCUUUGCUAAGGCAAUAGCAGACGACCAGCGGUCAUAUAGUCGAGAGCUCUUUGAAGAGGUCAUCUCCAAGAUGAGGAAGGCUGGUAUCAAGUCAUCUAUCGCCAUUGAAAAAUUCAAGCUGCUAUCUGAGAAAGUGGAGGAAAUAGUGGCCAAGAACUGCCAGUCAGAAAUGGACUACAGUGACGCGCCUGAUGAGUUCAAAGACCCUUUGAUGGACACGCUGAUGACGGACCCUGUGAUGCUGCCCUCGGGGAACAUCAUGGACCGAUCCAUCAUCCUGCGCCACCUGCUCAACUCACCCACUGAUCCCUUCAACCGGCAGCCUCUCACUGAGUGCAUGCUGGAGUCAGUUCCUGAAUUGAAGGAGAGGAUCCACAUGUGGAUGAGAGAAAAACAGGGAGGACGACCCGUUUAAAGACUUGAUGUCAGCUACAUCCAUAAUCAAGAGAUCUGGCCCAUAUCGCCUGAAAUCUGUGUCACUGCUACAAACAAUAAGCAACAUUAUUUUUUAUUUACACUCUUUGCCCAAAUGAUGCUUAAAAACAACAUACUAAAGUUAAUAUUUUUUGCUUCCUGGAUUUGUGUAUACUGUAUAUGUAUAUUUAAAUAUAUACAUAUAUUUAGGGAUUAUAAUGCUGCAAGAAUUAGUCUUCAUCACAAACAGGUUUACCAGCGAAAUGUGUCAUUGAAUAUUUUCAAUACUUUAUGGUUCUUGUGUGUUUGUAACAAUGUGUAUGUGGGCUUUACUACAGACUUUCCAUUCUUUUGGGAUGUGGGGCUAGCAAGUGUCGGGGUUGAUUGUUGGUAAAAUUGCUAGCCCUAAAUUGUUGUAAGCUAGACUGUGACAAUGACAAACCUGAGUUGGUCCCAGAUGUUUAACAGAUGCACCAUUUAUUCUUGCUGAAGGCCAAGGAUGGAGGUGGGAAUGUUCUUCGAGGAUGUAGCUUAACAUUAUACAAUCUAAAACAUUUUUUAUUUGUGUGCAGUCGGGUGUUAAGCAGUGGUGUACCGAUAGAUCAUUUUUAGACUUCUAAUUUAGUCACAUUUCCCCUCUGCUGACUUUUCAAGACUCAAUUACUACGUCUUUUGGGCACAUGGCUUCUAUCCAGCACCGCCUGUGUGCUUGAAGAACAAAUGAUAACCCAUCUUAACCAGGCAACUUGGUCAGAGUAUGGAGGAAUGUAGCAUGAGGUCAAGCAACAUCGGAACGACUUCAUUACAUCUCUAGACGGUCUCUCUCACACUGUACCUACAUUGACCUUGCUGACCUUAACUGUACAGGAAAUCUCUUAACUACACACCUGUUUUGGACGAUAGGAUUUUGAACUGAAAAUAAAUGAUGCACAUUAAUUCCA